AUGUCUUAUUACGAUCCAUAUCAAGGUAUGGGCCAACAAUACAUUGGUCAACCUUAUUAUCCUCAAUAUUAUCAACAACAAUCCCAGCAACAACAACAACAACAAUCCCAACCUCAAUCUCAUACUCCAGAUGAUCAAUUAAUGGCUAAUUUAGGUGGUUCGGUUCAAGCUUCAUCCAUUGAUUCAAGACCUUCAUCUUAUGAUUAUCCUCAAUAUGCCAAUGGUCUUCCUCAACAAAUUUCUAACAAUAUUCAUGGUUCAGUUCCAGGAGCUCCAAUUCCUGAUUCUUCUAAUGCAUUUGGUUUUGAUACUUCAAAUGGAAAUGGUGGUAAUGAAUUUUAUAAUGAAGAUGGAGUUUUCAUUACUAAUAAUGGUUCUGGAGCUUCUAAUUUAAUUAAUCCUUUAUCAAAUGGUCAAUAUAAUGGAGGUGAUAUUAAUCAAUUACAAUAUAAUAAUAAUAACAAUAAUAAUCCUUCUUAUUCUGGUCCUGGAUCAAUUAAUGGUGGUUUACAAGCUGGUAUUGGAGCUAAUGGUUCAACCACUGGUUCUCAACAAGGUAAUAUUUCGGCUGCUCCUUCAAGAACUGUUUAUUUAGGUAAUAUUCCAAAUGAUAUUCAACCAAAUGAAUUAUUAGAUUAUGUUAGAUCCGGUAUUUUAGAAAGUGUUAAAAUCUUACCAGCUAAAAAUUGUGCAUUUAUUUCAUUUAUUGAUCAUCAAUCUGCUUUAUUAUUUCAUUCUGAUUGUAUUUUAAAAAAAUUAAAUAUUAAAGGUCAUGAUAUUAGAAUUGGUUGGGGAAAAAAUUCUCCAAUUUUACCUGCAGUUUUAGAAGCUAUUCAAAGAGAUGGUGCUACUAGAAAUGUUUAUCUUGGUAAUUUAAAUAAUCCAGUUACAGGGGAAGUUAUUACUGAACCGGAAUUAAGAGAAGAUUUAUCAUGUUAUGGAAUUAUUGAUUGUAUUAAAAUCAUUCCAGAAAAGGGAAUUGCAUUUAUUCAUUUCUUAUCAAUUUUAAGUGCUAUUAGAUGUGUAGCAAAUUUACCAUUAAAAGAAAAAUAUUUAGAUAAAAAAUGUUUUUAUGGUAAAGAUAGAUGUGCAUUUAUAACUAAAACUCAACAACAUAAUGCAGCUCAAUAUUUAGGUUUAGCUCCAGGUAUGGAACAUAUUGUUACUGCUGCUGAUCGUGAAUUUAUUUCAUCUGCUUUAGUUCAACAAUCUGCUGCUGCUGCUCAAAUUGCAACUCAAGCUGGUGGUGCUAAUAAUUUAGGUAAUAGAACGGUUUAUUUAGGUAAUUUACAUCAAGAUUCUUCAGUUGAAGAAAUUUGUAAUGUGGUUAGAGGUGGUUUAUUACAAAGUAUUAGAUUUUUAAAAGAAAGACAUGUUUGUUUCAUUACUUUUAUUGAUCCAAUUGCAGCUGCUCAAUUCUUUGCUAUGUGUCAAUUACAUGGUUUAACCAUUCAUAAUAGAAGAAUUAAAGUUGGUUGGGGUAAACAUUCUGGUCCAUUAUCAAAUGCUUUAUCAUUAGCUGUUUCUAAUGGUGCUUCAAGAAAUAUUUAUAUUGGAAAUAUUAUUGAUUUUGAAUAUUAUAAUCCUCAAAAAUUAAGAGAUGAUUUUACUAAAUUUGGUGAUAUUGAACAAAUUAAUUAUUUAGAAGAAAAGAAUUGUGCUUUUAUUAAUUUUGUUAAUAUUGGUAAUGCUAUUAAAGCCAUUGAUGGAAUUAAAUCAUUUGAAGAUUAUAAAAAUUUAAAGAUUAAUUUUGGUAAGGAUAGAUGUGGUAAUUUACCAAGACAAUUCCAAAACCAAAAUCAAAACAAUAAUAAUAAUCAUCAACAACAUCAACAACAACAACCACAAGGUUUACUUAAUGGUCUUGAUAAUGGAUCUAAUCAAUCAUUCUCUGAUAAUGAUUUUGGUGGUGAAGAUCCAAAUGUUGGUGGUGUUAUUGGAGAUGAAAUCUAA